CUUAUUAUAUAGUUAGAGUUUUAAAACCUGCUACUUAUGGCAAAGUACUGCAAUGUUGUGCUUAUUCUUGCUCUAGCAGUGGUGGUUCAAGCUACUGCAAGGAACGUGCCUAACGACGCUGCCGGUCUCAAUGACCAAAAGAACUUCCUCACAUACGGUGGUGUUGGCGGCUACUCUGGCAUUGGAGCGAACGGCAUGCCAAUUGGUGGUGUAGGGAGUGCCGGUGGCAUCACUGGCCUUGACAGUACAGGUCCAAUUAUUGGCGGCGUAGCAGGCGUUGGAUAUGGAGGUGGUGCUGGAGCCGGAGUUGGAGGUGAUGCCGGUGCUGGCAUUCCAAGUACGCCUGGUGUCAUCCAUUUUCCUUGAACUUUGCUGGGGGUUUAAAUUUCAAAGCUGCUAGUUUAUCUUUUGCUCUAGAGUGUGUGUCAUGAUUAAGGUUGUA